AUGAAAAGAUUUUUCUUCCUUAAUAUUUAUUUUGGGAUACUUUCUUUCGUCUAUAGUGAACAUUUUCUUGGUGGAACAAUAACAUAUCGUCCAGUUAAUCAAUCAGCAACAGGUGAUCCUGUUGCUAUUGUUAUUACUCAAACUUAUUCAUGGACUCAUAGUAAAAUGAAUUGUACAGACAGUUUAAUUUCAACAAAUGGAUUUAUACCGGAUUUUUUUGGACAAAUUGGUCCGAAAACAUUGAGUUGUGUUAGUAAUUGUGGUUCUACAUCAGCUGGAUACUCAAGUGUUGGUGUUCUUCCUCGUUGUACAGAUUUUUCGGUAGUUGGAGAUAUUUCUGUUGGACAACGUAUAGAUAUUGUUUAUCUCAAUCAAAGUGAUGAUUUUUCAGUUGCUUUUCAAAGCAAUGCAUGGCGUUCUUUACAAACACAGAGUGCUGCUGCUUGGUCUAUUUCAACACGUAUUAGUACAAAGAAACGACCAGAUAAUGGCCUUUAUAACAAUGCACCUGUUGCAACGAUGAUGUCACCAAUCAAUAUUCCUACAAAUGUUUCAACAGUUAUUCAAGUUCCUGUUGGUGAUGCUGAUAGUGAUGAUUUGAGAUGUCGAUGGUCAACAAAUAGUAGUGGAGUUGACGAAUGUGGACAAGUCUGUCCUCCAGAUUCACUUCCACCAGGUACGCAGAUCUUUCCAAACUGUACAAUUAUCAUCACUGGUACAAUCACUGAUGCAUGGUAUGCUGUGACAUUAAUGGUUGAAGAUUUCACCAGUUCAUCAAGUUCUACACCAUUAAGUUCAGUACCUGUUCAGUUUCUUGUUCAUGUCGUUGCUCCACCAACAUGUCCAACACCACCUGAAAUCAUUGGUACUCCUCAAGAACAAGAAUGUAUUGCUGUUGGUCUUGGUCAAACAUAUCAAUCACAGAUUUAUGCAGUGAAUAAUUGUCCUCAACCAAGUAAUAUUUCAGAUAUUUCAACACUUUCAUUUGCUGGAAUGGUCAAAGGAAAGCUUGUUCAACAAAGUUCAACACUUUACUAUCGAAAUCUUACAUGGUCACCAACGAGUGCACAACUUGGUUAUCAAGUAAUGUGUGCAAUGGCUAUUGACAAUAAACAAUCUCAAUCAGCCCAAUAUUGUUUCAAAUUCUUUGUAUCAGAGCAACCUACUUGUUCAUGUCCAAAUGAACCUUGCCUUUCGACAACAACAUCAACAACAUCGACAAGUAGCACUAGUACCACAACAACAUCAACUACCACGUCAACAACGACUUCAACAUCAUCAACAACCUCAACUACAUCAACAACAAGCACAACAUCAACUACCACGUCAACAACGACUUCAACAUCAUCAACGACAUCAACAACCUCAACUACAUCAACAACAAGCACAACAUCAACUACCACGUCAACAACGACUUUAACUACAUCAACAUCUUCAACAAGCAGUACAACAUCAGCAACAUCAACAACAUCAACAUCAUCAACGACAUCAACAACCUCAACUACAUCAACAACAGCGACAACAUCAACGACCUCAACAACAGCGACAACAUCCACAUCAUCAACGACCUCAACAACAUCAACUUCCACAACAUCGACAACGGCAACAACUACGACAAAAAAACCUGAUCCAGUCAAUUGGCCAUUAAUUGGAACUAUCAUUGGUGUUUUAUCUCUUCUUGCUUUAAGUUUAGUUUAUUUUCUUUGUUAUCGCUAUUGUCGUUUACUCGGUAAUCGUUCAUAUGGAUUUGAAAAAGAAGGAAAUAAUGAAAUGUAUUAUAUUGAUCUUUGUAUUGAUCCUAAUUGUAUUUACUUAAAUGAAUCAAAUUCAUCUGAUAUAUUUACAAUUUCUCGAAAGAAAUAUUUUCGUUCUCAAAAAUUAGAUAAAAUUCCAAAUACAUUAAAUGAUCCAAAAGAUUGUUUUGUUGAAAAUACUGAAGAUACGGAAUUAAAUCUUUCAAGUAAUGAUAAUCAUGAUCAAACAACAUCAACAUCUUUAUCUCAUGUUUCUAUUCGAAAAGUUAAACUUAAUGAAAGAAGACGUGAAUCAACAAAUAAUAAAUUACGAAUUGAAAAUAAUAGAAAUAGAAAAGUAUCUCGAUUAAACCCAAGAAUAUCAAAUACAAGUUCAAAUGAAAACAAGAAGAAUAUUACAGAAGAAGAACAAUCAAAAUCUGAAAAUCAAGAUAAGAUUCAAAUUACCCAUAUAAAUAAUUUGUUAUUAAAUGAUGGAAAAUCACAUAGUUUAUUAUCAACUCCAUCUUUAAAAGAAUCAGUUAAUUCUUCAUUAUCAUCUGUAUCUCCAAGAAAUAUUUCGAUAUUCUCCACAUCAAAUUCAGUUUGUAUUAUUCGUGAUCCAACCGAAAAUGAUUCCAGUCAUUGGAUACCCAAGAUUUCACUUUCUCCUCUUUCGGAUAAACCAAAAAGUGAAUCAAGAAAUACAGUUCGUGUCGAACAUAUUUCAAUUAAAAAAACAAAUAUAGAAAAUCAGAAGAACAUAGAAACAGCAAUUAUUUCAACAAAGAAAAAACAUCGAAAUCAACGUAAAAAUCGUUUAAAUUCGUCUGUUGUAGUUAAACGAAUUGGACAUAUUGAUACAACAAAUACAAAACAAAGAUUCUUAAAAUAA